CUUUGACGGAUUUCGGCCGAAACGCGCGCGUGUGCCGUAGCCGUAACUUGCGACGCUUGCGAAGUCAACUUCGCGCGUAAACUUUUAUUGUAAUAAUCACAGAUUAAAAAAAUAUUACGAACAUAUUGAAAUUCAAUAGAUGCAAAAAAUAUUACGCAAUAUUUCGAAAUAGUUGAGUGAAUUUUGUGACAUUUGUGAUUGUGCCAAACAUUUAAAUUACAAAUAAGACGCAGGCACCGAUAAUGUUCACCAAUCGAUAGACAUUCCAUCACGCCCCGCUGCUGUGACAACUUCAAACAACAAUGGAAAUGCUGUCAACAUUCGCUCCCGACUACAACUCGAGCGCUACAGAUUACGCGUUUAACGCCACUUUCGGCAACGCCACGUUCGAGAAUGCCACGGAAACCAUCUCGAGCAGUCGACCGCACAGACAUGUGUUUAUGUAUGUGGUUAAGGUGGCAUACGCUUUUGGCAUAGUGGGCAACGCAGCGGCGAUAGUGGCGCUGAGAAUUGGCGAGAAGCGAGUUCGAAAUCGGAAACACUUGUUGCUACUUACGUCGCUGGCUGUUAACGACCUUGUUGCGCUGGUGGGCAUGCUCAGCGCGCUGUUGGUAGCCGAACAGUUCCCGUCGCUGAGCAAGACGCAAUACUACUGCGCCGCGCGGGUCGGCCUGCGCGUGUUCGGUAUCGGCAGCGUGUGCAUCGCCGUCACCAUGGCGCUGGAGCGGUACCUGGCGCUCACCAGGCCCUUCCUGUAUCAGAAGCAAGUGACGUACUUCGUGAUCCGCAUGGCGCUGCUGGUGUCAUGGCUGUGGGCGGCGCUGCUCACGUGCGCGCCCGUGCUCGGCCUCGGCCUGUACUACGACCCCGCGCAGCUCCGCUGCGUGCGCUACAGGAACGCUACGCACGGCAUGGACUUCGCCUAUGCUGUGUUCUAUGUUAUGUUCGGCACACUGCUAUGCGCGAUACUAGUGUACUGCAACCUAGCAGUGAUCCGCGCGCUGUACGCCAUCACGGCGCCGCGCGCGGGCGCGGGCGGGCCCGUGGUGCGGCGCGUGUCCAAGCGCAGCUGCGGCGCGCGGCGCGGCGCCGCGCCCGCGCACAACGCCGCCACCGCCGAGGAGGUCGCCUUCAGCCGCCUCAUGGCCACGCUGUCCGUGCUCUUUAUGAUCUGCUGGCUGCCGCAGAUGGUGACGUCAGCGCUGUACCUGGCGCUCGGGCCGGCAUCUUGGAGGCGGCUGGACAGCCUGGGCGCGCUGUCCGACAUGCUGAUGCUGCUCAACUACGUGCUGGACCCCAUCCUGUACGUGCUGAUGCGGCAGCGGCACCACUUCUCGCUCUCCGCGCUCUGCCACAACAUCGCGCAUUGUUUUAAGCGGAAGCACAAGACGUCUACGGAGUCAAUGAAGACGUCGUGCUGCCCGCAAGAGACGCUGGUGAUCAGCGACAGCUCGGGCGCCGAGCUGCGGCCGCUGCGCGCGCCGCCGCCCGCCUGCGCCUCCAUCUUCAACGUCGACCACUGACGCGCCAGCAACUGCGGGCAGCAUUCACCGCCUGUGCGAUUCGCAUCAUCAUCAUCAUCAUCAUCAUGAUUUGAAUCGUGCAAUUCACAUGUUGCAAUUCGCUUUCGAGGGAAAAAAGUUGAAUCGCGGCGUCGCAGCGGCAAUCCGAUCGAGAAAUGCCUGACGUUCAGUGAUAUUAAAAAUUAUAUAUGAGCUGUCCAGUAGCUCUCUCACACUACAUAAAGAAUAUAAGAAAAACGUCUUGUUUUUGAAUAAUAUUCUAGUCUCCCCAACGAAGCAUUUAGCUGAUAGAUUUUGAUGUGUGCACUAUUUGUAGAUGAACAACAGAAUGACUCAUUCUUUAUCAUCAUAUUGUUACAUUGUGCUCUACAAUAAUUUGAACUGGAAUAUAAUACAAUACCAAUCUACAAUUUUGUACAGAACUAGCGAGUUCAUAUCAUUCCAUAC